GGAAAGCUCAGGGAGGGUUUGCAACCUUGGGGGUGUGGCAGGGACGUCUGCUGAGAAUGGAGGAAGGCAAGCUUCUCCGUCUUCCUUCCAUUGCCCAAGAGCUGAAGGAUGGGACAGCGCUGAGCUGCGGGGAACCCCGGGGACCAGUCAACCCGGGGCUCCGCUGGGGCUGCUUUCCCUGAUGCGCUCCUGCCUGCCGGCUCUGGUUGCCAUAGAGCCAGGAGGCGGUUGCCACGGAGACCGACGUGCGAGGACCGACCAAUCAGCGAAGAGCUGCGGCGCCAGCUCACCUCUUGGAUGGAGGCACCGGGCUAGGAUGAGGACCCCUGCCCAGGCAGCUGGGAGCCGGGUGUUCGAGCAGGGGGCCUAUGGCGCCGCCACCCCCAAAGCGCCGGUCCCCCAGAAUCCCCAACACCCUCCCCGGCCCCGCACCCCGAAUUCUGACGACCUUCUGCCUCUUCCCGACCCGACUAAGGGGUGAUACCUCCGACUGGCCCUGAACCCCUCUCCCGUUAGUGGAGAGGAGGGGGGUCAAGGGCUGGGAUGCUGCGGGAAAGGCGGGGCCGCGGACCGCGGGAGGAGAGUGCAGUCGGGGUGGGGUAUGGGGAGGGAGGGAGGGAGGGAGGCUGUCCCACCCCCUGCGCUCCCGGCACACCGCAGUGCCUGGCGCGCCCGCGCAAGCUCACUCGCUCACUCGGGGCGCUGGGCGGGCGGGGCGGCGCUGACGUCAUCCACUGACCCCUUUCACCCCCCGGCCGAGGGGCGGUGGCCGCGCAGGCUCCGCGGGACGGACUCACGGACAGACAGGAGACGGAAGGACGGGCGUACGGCCAGGCCAUGCCCGGGGAGGCUGCCCGCGCCGAGCUGCUGCUGCCGGAGGCGGGCGGGCCGGGACCCCGCACAGAUCUGUCCUGUGAUGCGGCUGCGGCUACCACCCCAAAGGGGGACCGGCUGGAGCACUGUGCCCUGACAUCUGGGCCCAGCACCCUGGCUCUCGCGUUCCUGCACGGCAAGCCUGGUGCCCGGCCCCCGCCUGAGGGAGCCAGCUGGGAUGCAGGGCCAGGCCGCGCCCCCUCAGCCUGGGCGGUCCAGGCAGAGGGCGGCCCCAGCCCAGGGCCUGCCGAGGUUCGGCCUACUACUGAAGGUCCUCUCCCAGCCUCCCUGGAGCCCCGGAUUGUAAUGGGCGAGGAGACGCGCCAGGCAGCCCCACUGCCCAGGGCAACUGUGCCGGAGCUCAGGGACUGGGAGGGUGGGCAUGCUAACCUGAACCCACCCCCCGAGUUGUGUUCUCAGGGUGACCCUGCUGUGCCUUUCCCUUCCCCAGACCCCGAUUCCUACUUCACGCCUCCCUCCACCCCCACCAAGACAGCCUCCACCCUGCUCCCUGGCCCCGGGCCCCACAGGGACGCCCAGGAUGCCCAGGCUGAGCUAGGGGACUCGCCGCCAGCCUCGCCUACUGGCUCAUACAUCACAGCAGACGGGGACAGCUGGGCCUCAUCCCCAUCCUGCUCCCUGAGCCUGCAGGCCCUGGCCGAAGGGCUGGAUGUACCCUCAGGCUGGGGCUUCUCUCCACCUGGGUCUGUGGUCGAUGAGAGGGAGCUGCCCCCUGCCGGGACCCCGGACAGCUCAUCCCCAGAGUCCAGCCUCUCGGCAGACAGCAGCUCUUCCUGGGGUCAGGAGGGCCACUUCUUCGAGCUGGACUUCUUGGCCAAUGACCCGAUGAUCCCUGCUUACCUCCUGCCCUUCCAGGGCAGCCUGAUUUUCCAGGUGGAGGCGGUGGAGGUGACACCCCUGCCCCACGAGGAGGAGGAAGUGGAGGAGGAGGAGCACGAAGAGGAGCAGGAGGUCCCCCUCCCCAGAGGGGACCUAGCCGGGGAGGGCGAGGAUGAUAGCACAUUUGCAUCCUCUCUGCAGUCGCUGUCCGACCUGUCCAUCACCGAGGGCGUGGACGAGGCCUUCGCCUUCCGGGAUGACACUUCAGCUGCCUCCUCUGACCCCGACUUGGCCUCCUACACGGGGGCUGAUGAUGACAGGCUGUACAGCGGAGAGCCCCACGCACAGCCCACCACAUUGCUCCAGGACAGCCCUGGGGAGGCUGCCUCCUGGGGCCCAGAGCUUGCUCUUGGGGUGUCCGAGGGAGAGGCUGGCCAGGCUGCCAAGAGUCAAGAACCCAUCUCCGAGAUAAUGAGGGUGGGUCCCGCUGCAGCCCAGGUGUCUUCUGCUGCUAUGGCCCCUCACAUCCCACAGGAAUCUCUGGACUUCACUGGGGUGAGCCCUCAGGCCCAGGGAGAAGAGCCAGGCUUCACCAUGGGACCAGUACCUGUUGCCCCAGUCCCAUCUCAGCCUCUGCAGGAGGGAGACACUGCUACUUUAGGCCCAGAGCCCUGGAUUUUGAAGGGAGAAGCAGACCUCAACUCUCUGCAAACCCUGAAGGAAGACACAGGCCAGGAGUUUGCCACUGCAACCAGCCCUGAACCCCAGCCAGAAGUGGAUCCAGCAGCAUUCCCACAUCUGCAGGACGCAGGUUUCCCCUUGGCCCAGGAAUCUGCCUCCAAGACCAGCCCUGAGCCCCAUCUGGAAGAAGAGGACCUGACAGCAUCCUCACCCCUCCAGGAUGCAGGUCUCCCUUUGGUCCAGGGAUCUGCCUCUGAGGUCAGCCCUGAGCCCCAGUCAGGAGAAGAUCUGACAGCAUCCUCACCCCUGCAGGAUGCAGGUCUCCCCUUGGUCCAGGGAUCUGUAUCUGAGGUCAGCCCUGAGCCCCAAUCAGAAGAAGAGGACCUGACAGCAUCUGUGCCCCUGCAGGAUGCAGGUCUCCCCUUAGUCCAGGGACCUGCCUCCGAGCCCAUCCCUGAGCCCCAGUCAGAAGAUCUGACAGCAUCCUUACCCCUGAAGGAUGAAGGUCUCCCCUUGGUCCAGGGAUCUGCCUCUGAGGCCAGCCUGGAGCGCCAGUCAGAAGAAGAUCUGACAGCAUCCUUACCUCUGAAGGAUGAAGGUCUGCCCUUGGUCCAGGGAUCUGCCUCCAAGGCCAGCCCUGAGCCCCAGUCAGAAGAAGAAAAUCUAACAGCAUCCUCACCCCUGCAGGAUGCAGGUCUCCCCUUGGUCCAGGGAUCUGCUUCUGAGGCCAGCCCUGAACCCCAGUCAGAAGAAGAAGAUCUAAGAGCAUCCUCACCCCUGCAGGAUGCAGGUCUCUGCUUGGUCCAGGGAUCUGUCUCUGAGGUCAGCCCUGAGCCCCAGUCAGAAGAGGACAUGACGGCAUCCCCACCCCUGCAGGACGCAGGUCUCCCCUUGGUCCAGGGAUCUGUCUCUGAGGCCAGCCCAGAGCCCCAGUCAGAAGAGAACCUGACAGCAUCCUCAACCCUGAAAGAUGCAGGUCUCCCCUUGGUCCAGGGAUCUGCCUCCGAGGCCAGCCUGGAGCCCCAGUCAGAAGAAGAAGAUCGCACAGCCUCCCUACCCCUGCAGGAUGCAGGUUUCCCCUUGGUCCAAGGAUCUGCUUCUGAGGCCAGCCCUGAGCACCAGUCAGAAGAAGAUCUGAAAACAUCCUCACCCCUACAGGAGGCAGGACUUCCCUUGGUCCACGAAUCUGCCUCUGAGACAAGCCCUGAGCCCGAGUCAGAAGAAGAGGACCUGACAACCUCCCCACCCCUGCAGUACGCAAGUCUCCCCUUGGUCCAGGGAUCUGCCUCUGAGGCCAGCCCUGAGCCCCAGUCAGAAGAAGAGGACCUGACAGUAUCCUUACCCCUGAAGGAUGCAGAUCUCCCCUUGGUCCAGGAAUUUUCCUCUGAGGCCAGCCCUGAGCCCCAGUCAGAAGAAGAUCUGACAGUAUCCUUACCCCUGAAGGAUGCAGAUCUCCCCUUGGUCCAGGAAUUUUCCUCUGAGGCCAGCCUGGAACCCCAGUCCGAGGAGGACCUGACAGUAUCCCCACCCCUGCAGGACACAGGUCUCCACUUGGUCCAUGGAUCUGCCUCCAAGGCCAGCCCUGAGCCCCAGUCAGAAGAAGAGGACCUGACAGCAUCCCCACCCCUGCAGGAUGCUGGUCUCCCCUUGGUGCAGGGAUCUGCCUCCGAGGUCAGCCCUGAGCCCCAGUCAGAAGAAGAUCUGACAGUAUCCUUACCCCUGCAGGAUGCAGAUCUCCCCUUGGCCCAGGGAUCUGCCUCCGAGGUCAGCCCUGAGCCCCAGUCAGAAGAAGAGGACCUGACAGCAUCCUCACCCCUGCAGGAUGCAGGUCUCCCCUUGGCCCAGGGAUCUGCAUCUGAGGUCAGCCCUGAGCCCCAGUCAGAAGAUCUGACAGCAUCCCCGCCCCUGCAGGAAGCGGGUCUCCACUUGGUCCAGGGAUCUGCCUCCGAGGCCAGCCCUGAACCCCAGUCAGAAGAAGAAGUGACAGUGUCCCCACCCCUGCAGGACACAGGUCUCCCCUUGGUCCAGGGAUCUGCCUCCGAAGCCAGCCCUGAGCCCCAAUCAGAAGAAGACGAUCUAAGGGCAUCCACACCCCUGCAGGAUGCUGGUGUCCCCUUGGCCCAGGGAUCUAUCUCUGAGGCCAGCCUGGAGCCCCAGUCAGAAGAGGACCUGACAGCAUCCCCGCCUCUGCAGGACACUGGUCUCCCCUUGGUCCAGGGAUCUGCCUCCGAGGCCAGCUCAGAGCCCCAGUCAGAAGAGGACCUGACAGUAUCCCCGCCCCUGCAGGACACAGGUCUCCCCUUGGUCCAGGGAUCUGCCUCCGAGGUCAGCCCUGAGCCCCAGUCAGAAGAAGAGGACCUGACAGCAUCCCUGCCCCUGCAGGAUGCAGGCCUGCCCUUGGUCCAGGGAUCUGCCUCUGAGGCCAGCCUGGAGCACCAGUCAGAAGAAGAGGACCUGACAACAUCCCUGCCCCUGCAGGAUGCAGAUCUGCCCUUGGCCCAGGGAUCUGCCUCCGAGGCCAGCUCAGAGCCCCAGUCAGAAGAGGACCUGACAGUAUCCCCGCCCCUGCAGGAUGCAGGUCUGUCCUUGGUCCAGGGAUCUGCCUCCGAGGCCAGCCUGGAGCACCAGUCAGAAGAAGAGGACCUGAUAGCAUCCCCACCCCUGCAGGACGCAGGCCUGCCCUUGGUCCAGGGAUCUGCCUCCGAGGCCAGCCUGGAGCACCAGUCAGAAGAAGAGGACCUGACAGCAUCCCCACCCCUGCAGGACGCAGGCCUGCCCUUGGUCCAGGGAUCUGCCUCCGAGGCCAGCCUGGAGCACCAGUCAGAAGAAGAGGACCUGACAGCAUCCCCACCCUUGCAGGACGCAGGCCUGCCCUUGGUCCAGGGAUCUGCCUCCGAGGCCAGCCUGGAGCACCAGUCAGAAGAAGAGGACCUGACAGCAUCCCCACCCUUGCAGGACGCAGGCCUGCCCUUGGUCCAGGGAUCUGCCUCCGAGGCCAGCCUGGAGCACCAGUCAGAAGAAGAGGACCUGACAGCAUCCCCACCCUUGCAGGACGCAGGCCUGCCCUUGGUCCAGGGAUCUGCCUCCGAGGCCAGCCUGGAGCACCAGUCAGAAGAAGAGGACCUGACAGCAUCCCUGCCCCUGCAGGAUGCAGAUCUGCCCUUGGUCCAGGGAUCUGCCUCUGAGGCCAGCUCAGAGCCCCAGUCAGAAGAGGAUCUGACAGCCUCUCCACCCCUGCAGGGUGCAGGUCUCCCCUUGGUCCAGGGAUCUGCCUCCGAGGCCAGCUCAGAGCCCCAGUCAGAAGAAGACCUAAGAGCAUCCUCACCCCUGCAGGAUGCAGGUCUCCCCUUGGUCCAGGGAUCUGCCUCUGAGGCCAGCUCAGAGUCCCAGUCAGAAGAAGAGGACCUGACAGCAUCCCUGCCCCUGGAGGACGCAGGUCUCCCCUUGGUCCAGGGAUCUGCCUCCGAGGCCAGCCCUGAGCCCCAGUCAGAAGAAGAGGAUCUGACAGCAUCCCUGCCCCUGCAGGACGCAGGUCUCCCCUUGGUCCAGGGAUCUGCCUCUGAGGCCAGCUCAGAGCCCCAGUCAGAAGAAGACCUGACAGCAUCCUCACCCCUGCAGGAUGCCGGUCUCCCCUUGGUCCAGGGAUCUGCCUCCGAGGCCAGCUCAGAGCCCCAGUCAGAAGAAGACCUGACAGCAUCCUCACUCCUGCAGGAUGCAGGUCUCCCCUCCAGUCAAGUAUCUGCCACCAGUGCCAGCCCUCAGGCCCUUAUGACUGACGCAGGCUGUACCCAAGGGACAGAACCCACAGUCACUGCAGCCCGUAGGAAAGGAAGCAAGACCCUGGGACUAAGGCCAGCGCCUGAGCAAAGAGACCCAGACCACACUGGAGGCUCAGACUCUCUGGCCUUGGAUCAGAUACAUCUGGGUGGCCCAGACCUACCUGCAGAUGCUCGGACACCCUUGGAGGGAGAUGCAGGCCCCUCCAAGCCUGCCACAGAGAUCCCAGACAUACCUGAGCCUUUCACAGCUGUCCAAGGUCCCCCAAAGCCUGACUCCAGUGGGGAGGAAGUAGCCAAGGGCAUUUUGGCACCUGAGCAGGAAGCCUUUCAUGAUGUCUGUGCACAUGGGGGUGAUGGAGCUGAGUCUAGUUCACUCCCAAAGAAAGCCCUGGGGGCUGAGCACCAGGGGCAUGAAGCCCUAAAGCCAGUGGUUCAUGGCCCAGGGGUGUGUCCCACUGCCAGCCUGGAGGUUGGCCAGUUGGGGCCCCCAAGCCCAGUGGAGGAGGGAAGGGCCACUCUUGGGCACAGGCUUCCCAUGGCUGUGGGCUCAGAGGCUGGGCUGGGCUCCUGCUCAGAGUCUCCUUCAAGAGCUGUGCCCAGGCUGGGAGGGCACUGUGCCAAAGAUCCUGCCCCAACAUCUCCACUGCCCUUGAGGCAGUCAAAGCCUGUGCUGGGCCCAGGCAGGGGAGAGCAGGCCCAGGCAGCACUUGGAGUCCUUGGCCCCUCCCCACUGCAGCCUCCAGAAAGCCCCAUAGGGGGCCUGCCCAGUACACCCCAAGACAGGAUCCAGAGCCCUGAGCCCCCUGCUCCUGGUGCCCUCAUGGAGGCAGUCCCAACCCCCCUGGCAUCCCCUGCCCCCUGCCCUUGCCGGGGCCCCCGGGAAGACUUGGUGGAGGGCGCAGAGCCCCUGGGCUCUCCGGGCCACCCACCACCUCGGCCAAGAGCCCAGCGGGCGGUGGCUGCCUCCUCAGGGAUCACAACCCCCCCUGGGGCUGGGCAGGUCAGCCUCCCACCCCACCCCACCCUCCUCAGCCCCAAGGCAGCCCCCAAGAGGGGUACCCAUGCCAAAGACCCGGCCUCGAGGCUCUCACCCCCUCGCCAAGUGCCUCCGGGCCCCGGGCCCCGGAGCCCAGCCGGCCCUCGAGCGCUCCCAGCCACUGAGCAGGAUGACGGCGACAGUCUGGAGGAAGACUCGCCCCGCGCUCUGGGCUCCGGCCAGCACUCGGACAGCCACGGGGAGUCAUCAGCCGAGCUGGAGGAGCAGGACCUCCCAGGACCGCAGACCGCACAGUGCCCAGCCCAGGUGCCCGAAAAGGCCCCAGCCGGCAGCGGGAGCGAGGAGACAGUCGCCAAAGCCAAGCAGAGUCGCAGUGAGAAGAAGGCCCGAAAGGCGAUGUCCAAGCUGGGCUUACGACAGAUCCAGGGGGUCACCAGGAUCACCAUCCAGAAGUCCAAGAACAUCCUCUUUGUCAUUGCCAAGCCUGACGUCUUUAAGAGCCCAGCCUCAGACACCUACGUGGUUUUCGGCGAGGCCAAGAUCGAGGACCUGUCGCAGCAGGUGCACAGGGCUGCGGCCGAGAAGUUCAAGGUGCCCUCGGAGCCCUCUGCCCUGGUGCCCGAGUCAGCGCCUGGGCCGAGGGCGAGACCUGAGUGCGAGCAGGAGGAGGAGGAGGAGGAGGAGGUGGAUGAGGCAGGACUGGAGUUGCGCGAUAUCGAGCUGGUGAUGGCGCAGGCCAACGUGUCAAGGGCCAAGGCCGUGCGGGCCCUGAGGGACAACCAGAGUGACAUCGUCAAUGCCAUCAUGGAGCUGACAAUGUAGUUGCUGACCAGAGACCCGGCUCCACCCCUGCCCCCUAGCUCUGCUGCUCAAUAAAGUGGUGUCCCUUCAUCGCCUCUCUGCUCCUCCAGCACAGGCUCUGGCUAAACAGAUUGCAGGAGGUGUGCAGACACUUCCUGAAGCCACACAGGUCCUAAGGAGGGUGGUGGUCCCUCCCCCGCGUCCCAGGGAAUCCACCUUGUCCAGGGAUUGUGGACAGUCCAGUCACUUGGCUGUGGCCCAAGGCAUGGGCCUGGGAAUAACAGUUUCUGGAAGGAACUCCCCAGAUGCAGGGGCCCCCAAGCUGGGGGAGCUGCGGGAAGUAGUGUCUGCUCAGGCGAAGAGCACAAUCUCCCGAAGUUCCUGGCCCCUCCCUGUGGCCCAACUCUAAAAGUCACCAUCCUCUCCCUGUCCUCUCUCUCCUACAAAGUCCCGGGACCCACAGGGUGGGGGUGAUGUCCCAGGACAAAAGAGGGAGACCACUGAGUGAGGGACCACAUGUGGGUGGAGCCCCUGGGGAAGAGCAGCAGUCCCGACCGUCACAGAAGGCUCAUGGGACACAAGGUCCCCACUGUUCACAAGCACAGGGUGGGCUAUGGAAGGGAUGGCCCCUGGCCCACGUGGCUAUCUUUAGCUGUUCAGAUGCUUCCAGGGCAGGUUGAUUUGCACACACACCUAGAGACGGCAUCUACCAACUGUCUCCCUUAGCUCUGCCCAGCCCGGGCCCACAGCCAGCACCUGGUCCGCCAGAGCCAGAAUGAGGUCUGAGAUCCCUCCUCCAGUCCUGCCCCUUGUCAGCGGUAGGGAGACUAGGGGACUGCAGACCCCUGCCUGGUUCCCACAGGGCUGGACAGCGAGCCCACAUCCCUGUCCUCCCUCCCGGGGGCUCAAGUACCCACCCUGCUGAGCCCAGGGCUUCUUGCAUAUGCAGUCAGGAGCCUCAAGGUGUGGAGGUAUCUUGGGGGUGAGGAGGGAGUCCCAGAGCUGGGCCUCCCCGCACCUGCACUGCAGUGCCAGGCCCCAGCCUCCAGGCUGACGGCCCCGAGGUCACCCCCAUGGCCUUCCCAUGUCCCAAGGGCACAGGAGGGGCCCCGCCCAGGGGGGACCAAGGCCAAGGGGUUUGACGGGCCCCCACUGGCCUCCCUGACAACCAGGGACCCUGGGCUCCAAGACUCCAUGCUCUCAGGGUGAGGAUGGCACUUCUGGUGAAGACGUGGUGUGCAGGUUUGCUGUGAACCACCAUGACGGUGAAUGGGCCUGGGGUCACGGGCACGGAUAAAGGGCUGCAGGACAGCGAGCCCCUCCGAGAGCCCAGUGCUCAUGUCCACGUGUGGUCAGGACACCUGCUCCCUACCCUGUGUCCACACCCAAAUCAGGCCCUCCCUGGAGGUGUCGGGCACAAGUGCUCAGUCCACCGUGCCCCGCCAGGGCGUGUGGGUCUGAGACAGAGGCCAGACAGGAGUCCCCAGCUCUUAUCCCACUGGAGCAGAAACACAAUGGCAACCAGAGAUAAAUUAUUCACAUUGCAGUAAACUUCUUUUAAGGUC